UAUAUGGACGCCAUCACAAUCUUGGGCUUGGUCUACUGGCUGAUCUGCAUGAUUUUGUUCGGGCCUUUGAUGUUCUUUGUCUGCGUGUACCUGCCUGAAGUUCCUGUGCGGUAUGUGAAGAGCCUGAGGCAGCAGACCUGAGUGCCUUUCACUAAAUAGCCAAGUCCGUAGUACAUAGACUAAGCAAGCCAUAGCUAAAAUGAUAUUGAUGUACAACCGAUCGAUUUGUAAUAAAAGUCUACUCCAAAUUGCAUUAAAA